CGGAGGCGGCCAACAUACCAAGGUGGAGGCUGGAUCAGCCGCUCUCAUAUAUCCCAGGAUAUUCACCUCAUACUGAGCGCUGUGUGAGGCUUGGUGACUGUGGCCCUCUGAAACUGGUGGUGUGUUAGCACCAGUCAUUACAGCUGCUGCAGCAGCAUCGGUCACUACAGCUGUUGCAGCAGCAUCGGUCACUACAGCUGUUGCAGCCGCAUCGGUCACUACAUCUGCUGUAGUCACACCAGUCAUCAUUAGUGCUGCAGCAGCAUCAGUCACUACAACUGCUGCAGUCACACCAGUCACCACAACUGCUACAGCAGCAUCAGUCACUACAACUGUUGUAGUCACACCAGCCACCACAGCUGCUACAGCAGCAUCAGUCACGACAACUGCUGCAGUCACACCAGUCACCACAGCUGCUACAGCAGCAUCAGUCACUACAACUGCUGCAGUCACACCAGUCACCACAACUGCUACAGCAGCAUCAGUCACUACAACUGCUGCAGUCACACCAGUCACCACAACUGCUACAGCAGCAUCAGUCACUACAACUGCUGCAGUCACACCAGUCACCACAGCGGCAGCAGUCAGCACAGAUCCUGGAGUCACACGUCAGAGUCACCAAUCACUAAUAUCACAACAUUUACCAGUUAUUAUAUACUAGUAGAAUAUUUCUCAUCCACGGCAGUUCUCAUUCAGGAAUUUAAAGCCUCACCAAAGUCCUACUUCUUGAAGACUUCACAUGUUCCUCUGAUGAAUGUGGUUAUUGCUCACUGCAACUCUUGGAAACUAUGUUAGUAGAGAAAUACUGGUAAACCCGCAUGUUCGUCACAAAUAAUGGCAUUAAUGAUGUGUUAAGGACUGUUUGUGACAGUGGUGGUAGUGCAAUACAGAGAAGCAAUGUUGGAAGGCACUUGCAACACAAGACAAUAUUAUGAUAAAGACCCAGGUGUUGCAGAAAGUGUUUUUCCAUCAGUAACGAGCUGUUUAGCCCUUGUGGUUUAGCGCUUCUUUUUUAUCAUAAUAAUCAUCAGUAACGAACCAGUUUUCGCAAUCUUAGUGAAGUUAUUUACCUUCAAGUUGCUUGAUACUGAAAUCUCUGUAAGUGGUUAGACCAGAUAAAGCAACAAACUAUAAUUUUUAAAGGUGGUGGAGUGGUAAGCCAGUAGAAGGCCUCGGUCAGAUGACUAAAAGCUCCAGCUGCGGGUCUUCAUAUGACUAAGUCCCGCAUCAGGAAACACUUGUCCUGUUUCCUGACAAACCUUACCAGAUAAAGUAAAUAUGAAUAAAUGACGGGGGUUGCUAUUCAGAGACAGUUUUGGAUAUUUGCAAUAGUUUUGGGGACAAGAAGUCUGUCGUGUUAAGGUCCCUUUAGCCAGAGCUGUAAGGCUUGAUACGGCAUAAGCUGUCAGUGGCUCUACCAACAAGGCUGCUGCCCAAGGCGUUGUUCCUUCAUUUACCGAGUUCCUUCUAGCACAGGGCUGCCUGGCAUCGAUUCUAGAUAUUUGUGUGAAUAAAAUAUGACAAAGAAACGGCGAGAUGUGCAAUUCUAUAAAUCAAUACCCAAGUGGCAGAACAGCAACAGACACCGCCAGCAAAAACCUGAGUCGUCUUCAACAGUCCCGGGAGUUGCCUGAGUCUUGGAGUUGCAAUAAAGCGAACCCGAUAACAACCACAACGGUGUAGAGUACCACAUCUGUAUCUGGACCAUUUCAAUCAAGUACCAGAGUCAGGACGACUCAUUCAAAAGAGAACACAUCUUUCUAAAUUAUAGGAGGUUAUUACGAUGACCUGUAUUGCUCAUUACAGUGACCUGAUGAACGAAUCAUCGAAAAGGCCAUGCCGGGUUUCAAACAGAUACAAGGACAGUAUUUCCACGUAUCAACCUGAUGAAGGAAGCAGGUGCAAUGUUGAUCAGGUGCUGAGGAGUCAAAGGGUUGGAGGGAGUGACCUGAGUUCUCCGGCGAGGUCACCAACAGCAGUGUUGGUGAGAUGGGUGUGGGUGUGUGCAUACGUGUGUGCCACCUUCCUUGUGACCACCGCAGAAGCGAAGUACAUCGCAGGUUUUCUCAAGACAUCAGAGAAAUGGGCAUUUCUGACGAGGUUUUGUUUCCUCUCCAACGAUGGAGUGUUUACCUUCGAAGUUGAGUACAAUAUUGAAUAUGCAAUGGAGAAGUUACUUCUCUACUACGACUCAUCACAUCAGUGGCCAGCAGUAUACAAGUCCGAUAAGAGAUGCGAGGAGAAGGAGGCAGUGAUGAAGAAGGAAAACAACCAGUUCAUCAAUCUGACGUUGAUGUCUAUCAGCUCGGAGUGUGAGGUGGUUCGACUUCCAGGAGAUAAAGCUUUCUAUCACUGCAAAGGAACCAGGUCGUUCCGCAGUGUCAGAGAGAGGUGGUGGUUCAUUGCUGUUAGCAACUGUGACAGUGACAAGGGACUGGAAUUGGCUUACCGAAUUACUAUGACCAAUGGCUACUCUUAUUGGUUUAAACACUUCUCCGCGGACGAAUUCUAUAUACUGAGAACGGAUAUCACAGCUCUCGCUCUUCAGCUGGGAGUACUGUUCCUCUCUCUCCUAGCCUCAGCUGAGUUGAAGAGCCGGCAGCUGUUCCACACUACCUACCGACUAUACCUGGUAUCCCUGAUGUCACAGAUCAUUGGACUGGGGUUUCUGAUUCUUCAUUACGCGAGAUACGGCUUUGAUGGGAUGGGUCUACCUGGCAGCAAGCUCCUAGGUCGCCUGCUACACACACUCAGCACUGUGAUAAUGGUGCUAAUGCUGCUGCUCAUGGGCAAAGGUUUUAACAUCACUCGAGGUCGUCUGCGUCAGGCUUCGGCCGUACGUCUUACUAUCUUCAUGUGUCUCUACUGUAGCACCUACGUCACCCUCUUUACCUACGAACACCAGGUGUUCGACCCAGGGGAGGUACUGUACCAGUAUGAAUCACCUGCGGGGUACGGGCUUCUGGUGCUACGAUCUGUGGCUUGGUGUAUGUUCCUUUAUGCUUGCUUCUUUACUCUCAAGCACUAUCCAGAGAAGAGUGGUUUCUACUGCCCAUUCUUCACCUUUUACACACUCUGGUUCUUGUCUGGUCCUAUAGUGAUCAUCAUCAGCAACCAUGUGAUUGACAAGUGGGUCAGGGAGAAGGUGGUGAAUGGAGUUGAACUGUCCAUAACGUUGCUUGGACAUAUCUUCUUCCUGUUCCUGACGAGACCAAGUGCAGCCAACCGCAACUUUCCCUACCACGUUCGAACUACUCAGAUCUCUGCUCUGGAGCUCUCUGGCACAGGCGUGGUGGGCAACAAUACUCUAGAUGCCUUUUCCACCCACCGGUAUGCCCCUGACCUGCCCCAGCCGAAGACUCACACCGCCCCUGAUCUCUUUCUGGUCUCUGGAGCCGUUGAGAUGGCGUCAGAACAGCUGGAUAUGAUCCCUCUGCCUGGACCACGAAGUAUACUGAAGGAUGAUAGAAGUUUUCCACAUUAUACUCCAGGAGCAUCGUCAGUAGUCUUGCAAGAAGACUCCAAAACAGUAGAUCCUCCUCCUCCACAACUUCUCAACUAGAAGAAGAAUGCUAAUCCAUGAAUGUUAAUUAUUAACCCCAGAGAGUUAAUAAUAUAGGAUAUAACAUCCUUUCUUUGAGUAUGUGAUCAAUGACAGUAGAUUAUGUACUUGGUAUCUACUGUCUGCUAGGUGGACAGAGACGGCAGGCGUAAAAAACUUAUCUACAUUCUCUCUCUCUCUCUCACUGUCUGUCUCCCUCUGUUGGUCUGUCUCUCUGUCAGUGUCUGUGUCCUUGUCUCUCCCUCUGUCUCUGUCUCUAUCAUUCUCACGCUCAAAAUAUUUUUGUAAACGUCAAAAUAUUAAUUUCAGUCAAAAUGCAACUUAAAACUCUAUUUUCACUAAAUGCAAUAAAAAAUGUCUACAUAUAUACUGCAUUACGAGACUCUAAUAAUGGUAUAUUUGAAUAUUUAAAGUAAGAUACAAAACAGAGGGACCCAGUAGAUAGAUAUAUCCUCGUGGUAAGGAUCACCAUGGUCGAGUCUUCGUCAAAAAUACUUAUGUUAAGUCAAAGGACACAAAUCCAACUGAUGUGACAUUUUAUUGUGGCAACGUUUCGCUCUCCAGGAGCUUACCACGUUACCACAAUAAAAUGUAACAUUAGUUGCAUUUGUGUCCUUUUAUUUAACAUAUUGUCGGUAAUUCUACCAACAUUAAUACAAAAAUACUUAUGUAUAUCAUGUCUGUCUCACGUUGCUAUUGUUUAAUCAAUACAAAUUACUUGUAAACAGUGUAACAAUUUAUAUGAUACUAAUGCAAUUAAAAGUAAGAAAUAAAACGACUAAAUAAAAUAGCAUUUACUGAGAUAUAUUAUUUUGUUUAAAUGUAUAUUUAUAUAUAAGUUCACAGUAACUUAAUUUCAAAAUAAAAUCACUAUCAUGUACUGAAUUUACCUUUUUGUUUAGUUUUAAUUAAUCCUUAUUUUAGGAACUGAAGUGUACCUAUAUGGUGGUCAGCGCUGAAUUGCCCCAUUGGGUUUAGAGCUUGACUAUUAUUGAUUGGUAGUGGAAAGGUUACCAGGAGCAUUAAGGACCUUCUUGUAGUCGAUAGGCUUAUAACCCCAUUAAUAGAAACAUAUACAUACAUUGGUAUAUGAAUAGAGUCAAGGGAAGUUCCUUGAUGCUGGUGAGGGGCUCUUGAUCUAGGGAAUUUGAUCUGUGCUCCAGUUCCCUAAAUGUCUUCCAUCCCCCCCGAGACGCUGUAUAAAUCCUUACGGGUUUAACGCCCCUCCAUGACUAGAAUAUAUAUAUUAGAUAAUAAAACUUGAAGAUCCAUAUGGACUUAGUGCUUUUGUGAAUAAAUCAACAAUAAUCUUGAAAAUAGUCGUUAA